UUGGGAGUGAGCUAGGGCACUUUGAGUUGGUCAAGAAAGGCUUUCGCAGGAGGAGGUUGGGGUUUGAGGACUUGGGGGAGGAGAGAUUUUGGUGAUGGUGGUGCGGUUGUCGAGGUUGUGGGUCGGGGUCUGAGGAGAGCAUCAAGAUGAGUGCGAGUUGGCAUUCCCUCCUGGUGCGAAUUGGAGAACAAUGUCCGGAAUAUGGAGGUCUGGCGGAUGCUGAGGAUCAUGUGGAGACCUGCUUCGGUUAUCUUGCGAGGGACUUGGCGCAUAGCGAGGGUGAGAUUCUGGCUCUAUUGAUGCAAUGCGUAGAGGAGCUGCCUCACAAGGAUCCCUUGUAUGGCGCCCUAGUGGGGCUUAUUAAUACCGAGGAUAAAGAGCUCGUGGGUAAGGUCAUCAAACGUACCCAUGCAGGGAUUCAAGAAGCACUGGAUACAGACAAUUGCAACAAGCUUCGUAUCCUCACCAGGUUUCUGACAGUACUUAUGUGCAAUAGCGUGGUGUCACCCUCAUCGCUCAUUGAGUUCUACGAAGCGCUGGUGUCGUCGGCCGCGACCACAAUAGAUGAGGAUGGUGGUAACCCGACGUGGCAGGCGCGGGCGGACUUUUACGUUUUUUGCAUCCUUGCCUCAUUGCCAUGGGGUGGCAUUGAGCUUUCAGAGCGUGUUCCCGAGGACCUAGAACGUGUCCUGAACGGGGUCGAGGCUUAUUUGAAUUUACGAAAACCUGUAAUGUACAGUGCCCUCCAAGUGUUUGAGAAAAGCGGAAGUCGCUCAGAAGAUGGGGAUGACACGGAGAUGAAACCCAUGGAGUCUGACGACUAUCUGCAGUGUCUCUGGUUUAGCAUCCAAGCGCUCAUGGAAAAUUCUUGGAAAGUAGAUAGCGUGCCGCGGCCGCACCUGUCAUUCGAGUCACGCCUUGUUCAUGCGCAGACCCAUGAUUUUGAUCCUGUCUCGAUUCCAGAAACGCCUGCAGUUCCAGAGAAUGCUACUGAAAUCAUGUUGGACAGGCAGCGCCAGGAAGCAGAGCGUACAUAUCCGCGCAGAAAUAUGCAUCUACGCAUUUUCCCCCUUUCGAAAACAGAUGAGAAGAUCACACCUAUUGACAGGUUUGUGGUUGAAGAGUACCUUCUUGAUGUUCUAUUUUACCUCAACGGAUGCCGAAAGGAGUGUGCAGCGUACAUGGUCGGCCUUCCUGUGCCUUUUCGAUAUGAAUAUAUCAUGGCAGAGACGGUCUUCUCGCAGCUCCUGUUGCCUCCAAAGCCACCAUUUCGUCUCAUCUAUUACACGGUAGUGAUGGUGGAUCUUUGCAAGGCGCUCCCAGGUGCUUUUCCUGCCGUAGUGGCGGGUGCAGUUCGAGCCCUUUUCCAAAGAGUCGCAGAGAUGGAUGUGGAGUGUCGCACUCGCUUGGUGCAGUGGCUAUCUCAUCAUCUCUCCAAUUUCCAGUUUGUGUGGCCGUGGGAAGAGUGGGCUCACAUCCUUGAGCUUCCCAAAUGGGCGCCAGAACGGGUGUUUGCGAAGGAGGUGCUGGAGAAGGAGGUUAGGCUGGCUUACUGGGAGAAAAUUAAAGAUAGUAUUGCAUCUACCCCAAAGCUCAUUAAGCUUCUCCCUCCUAAAAACACGCCUGUGUUUGUUUAUGCACCUGAUAACAACACGUCGGCCCCCGAAGCAGAAGUUGCUCUUGCCACUGAGCUCACGAGUCUUGUGAGAGGCAAAAAAACUGUUCGUGAAAUUCAAGUGUGGAUUGAUGAGCAGAUUUUACCGACACAAGGGCAGCAAGCCUCAAUUCAAAUUGUGGCGCAAACGCUGCUAUACAUUGGGUCAAAAAGUUUUACCCACACUAUCACAGUGCUCGAGAAGUAUUGCCAAAUCUUUAGAAAGAUAGCACCCGACAUGGGUACCCAGAUUGCAAUGAUCGACACCGUCUCGCAGCUAUGGCGGAACUCAGCCCAGAUGACCGCCAUUGUCAUUGACCGCAUGAUGGGAUAUCGCAUGGUCUCGAACUUAGCCAUUGUGGCCUGGGUAUUUAGCCCUCAAAAUGUGCAGCAGUUUCAUACUUCUGAUCAGGUUUGGGAGAUUCUUCGGAAUGCCAUUAAUAAGACCAACAAUCGUACAGUCGAUUUGCGGAAGGAGAUUUCUGCCGCUGAGAAGGUGCUGAAGCUUGCAGCUGCAGGAACAGUCAAAGCUCAUUCGAAGUGGGAGGCGGCUGUGGCAGCAUUGAAUGCAGCUGAAGCCAAAAGUGAAGACUCCCGUAAUUCAUUGAGUGCCAAGGUGGACUGGGCCAAAACUGUAGCAGAUAAAGCUCAAGACGAAGAAACGUCUGCACAGGAUUCUUUAGAAUCGAAAGGAGCCCUCCUAGAUCGGGCUUUGCGGGAGCAGGAGGCCUUGUUUUUGGCCGUUUAUCAAAGCUUUGCAGAUCUACUAACCGAUCGCCUCUCAAAACCCCUGCCCGAGCCUCAGGAGGUGUCCAAUUCUUUGGAAGAUGCUGAGGGAGAGGGCGCGGACGUCGAAGCACCGGUUGCUAUGGAAGCCGAUGAAGAAAAUGACGAAGAUGGCACCAAGCAAAGAAAUCAAAAACGCACAACUAGUGCUGAUCCACAGGAAGAAGAGCAAUGGCGCAAGUGUACUUUAGGCUACCUUCGUGCCAUUUCAAGACAGUAUUGUGACGAGGUAUGGUUGCUGAUGGAAAAACUCGAUUCCACUGUCUUCACUGAUAAGGUUCACCCUCUGGUAACGUCGACAACUUACGCCGGUCUUCGACGCUCGUUGUAGUUGUUUGUACGUAUCCCCUCCAGCCCAUUUUAUGUAUUGUCGAGGUGCCGACAUGGAGAGGAUUUGGGAGGAAUUGCCAAGAACAACCACGGAUUACAAUUGCACAAGCGACGUUCUUCCUAUUCUUGUAAGUCAGUGAUGUGCGAGCUGCAGACGAGCGGGUCAUUCCAUUCAGGUCCACAAAAUUUUCGGAGUUUGAUGCAUGUUUGUCGUAGCUUGCAGUAACAUGAUUUCAUGGUGCAAAGUUCAUACUCUCACCUGCCGUCCCUUAUUCGCAUUGGAAGUGGAGGCUCACCUCCAGGAGUUUAUUCGCACCCAGAAGUCUGGUGUAGCAGCGAUCAAUGUGUGACUCGAAUUUUUAUCAUCUUACGCAUCUUAUGCCUCAGCACCUUAGAGAGCUCGAGGAAAUUGUAGCAAACCAACAAUUUUGUAAAAUUCCAUGUGCCUGUAAAGGUUGAUUUUUUUGUACCA